AUGGCAUUUGUCAAAGCCCAGAAGUCGAACGCCUACUUCAAGCGUUUCCAAGUCAAAUUCAAGAGAAGGAGACAGGGGAAGACUGAUUACCGGGCAAGAAUUCGUCUCAUCAAUCAAGACAAGAACAAGUACAACACUCCAAAAUACAGAUUUGUUGUGCGAUUUACAAACAAAGAUAUAAUUGCUCAAGUUGUGUCCGCUAGCAUCACUGGUGACCAUGUUCUUUCUGCUGCCUAUGCACAUGAACUGCCCCGUUAUGGCCUUGAAGUUGGCCUCACCAACUAUGCUGCUGCUUACUGCACUGGACUGCUUCUGGCCCGCCGAGUGCUGAAAAAGCUUGAAAUGGAUCAAGAGUAUGAAGGAAAUGUUGAGGCCACCGGAGAGGAUUAUUCGGUCGAACCAGCUGAAAGCAGGAGGCCCUUCCGUGCACUCCUUGAUGUGGGUCUUUUGAGAACCACAACCGGGAACCGUGUCUUUGGUGCACUCAAGGGAGCUCUUGAUGGUGGACUCGAUAUUCCUCACAGUGAUAAGAGGUUUGCUGGAUUUAACAAGGACAACAAGCAACUCGAUCCUGAAGUGCACCGCAAGUAUAUCUAUGGUGGCCAUGUUGCAGCUUACAUGAACACUUUGAUGGAAGAUGAACCCGAGAAGUACCAGUCUGUGUUCAGCCAGUAUAUCAAGAAGGGUGUUGAAGCUGAUAACAUAGAGGCUUUGUACAAGAAGGUACAUGCAGCCAUUCGUGCAGACCCCACAGAAAAGAAAUCUCAAAAGCAGCCUCCUAAAGAGCACAAAAGAUUCAACCUGAAGAAGUUGACAUAUGAAGAGAGAAAGGCUAAGCUGAUUGAGAGGUUGAAUGCUCUCAAUGCUGCAGCGGGAAAUGAUGAUGAGGACGAGGAGGAUGAUGAGUGA